AUGGCUUCCGACGCUGCUGCCCAGCUGCCCAACGGCACCCCGACCGACGCCAGGUCCGUCGCCGAUGAACCCACGACGCCCCAGGAAAGCCAUGUUCUGGCAUUGAACUCGUCACAAGUCACCCUGCCGUCGACUGAAGUCCCCGCGUCUCCGAUCGAUCCCAAUCAAUCAUUCAAGACCGAAGUCAACGACGACCGCAUGAGCUCUUCCGCCGUCAUUCCCUCUUCUUUGACCCCGCCUCCCUCGUCCCAGGUCAUCGCACACGCCGCAAACGCAGCUAUGCAACCUACAUAUGGCGGCUCCCAGCGCUCUGCACUCUUCUCGCCGCCUGCCACGGGCCUUAACACGACGAUUCGCCGAGACGGCGGGCUCGGUUCAGAAUACGCUCCGCCAGCCCCUUCUCAGGUCGUCGAGGCCACCGCCGACGAGCUGCGAGCCAUGAUGCAGACGUGCAUCGCAGAGCACGCCAAGCUGAAGAUGGAGGCUGCACACCACAAGCUACAGUACAACUUGCUCAGCAUUCAGGCCGACGAGGAUGCGAAGCGAGCUGCCGUCGAGCACGAAAUGACCCGCCGCGAGAUCGAAGCCCUUAGGACCGCCGAGUACUCGAGGCAGGCUGUUCGCGAGCUGAGCGCAGCAUCGGAAUCGGCGCAGAUGAAGUAUCUCCAGAUGAAGAUGUGGUACGAGGAGGCCGUCGACGAGAACGAGGCCUUGGCGAAGCGGGUUAAAUUGGCCAAGAAGGUCAUCUCACAAAAAGAGGAGGAUAUCGCGAGUUUGACGGAGGAGCGGGACAUGCUGCUUAACCGCAUCCGGGAAAAUCGGGAACACUUUCACAUGCUAUGCAGCCCGGGCGGCAUCUUUCACGGCGCCCUGACGCCCAAACAGCAGCCGCUGCACCAGACCUCCGUCUCAACUCCCCAGCAGGCUCACCGAGCCACCCCAAAGCAGACACCGCGAUCUGCACACCGCGAUACACGCAUCGAUCGGGACCACGGCCCUGAGCCCAUCGCGGCUCUUCUGCAGGCCCUCAGCCAGGACAACAACAGCGCGCCGUCGACACCGACGACGGCGGUCAGACCCGCGCCCCGCAUGCCUCCCAAGCACACUCGAAACGCGCAGUCGUUGUCGUCUCUGCCGACGACGCCGCUCUCCCGCCCUACCCGUCACGAGCAGUCUGGUCUGCUGCCGUCUGUGAACCUGGUUCCCCAGAGCGAGCCUCGGCACAGGUACAGCACCCAAGUCAUCCCGGGCACGCCGCCGCCCGCUGCACGAGAGUCUACCCGCAAGAGCCGCGAGAGCACGAUUUCAGCUGACGACAACGAGGAGCUGGCUCGCCAGGCCCUCGAGUCGGUCGCAAAAUCGGCGUCGUUCCUGUCACAAAUGUCGCGUGGUGAGUCACGAGGGUCUCGCCGGCCUCUUCCGGGCGGCGACGGGGACGAGGAUGUGUAUGAGAGCCAAGCCAGCCAGGCAGCCUCGGAGAUGCUGCGUCGCGACCCCCGCGAGAGUUUCGAGGUGGCUUCUUCGGCGGGCUCACGCGACGGCACUCCCGCCCCGGCGGAGAAGAGCGCUAGACUCCAGGCGAAGCUUUUCCCCGGCAUCACCAAGGGUCACACGACAUCAGAUAAGCGCAAGUUUAGCGGGGGUGCGUCUACGGCGCAAGAGGCGCUCUCUACUCUUGCCAGCCAGUCGAAACGGAUGCGCAUGAGCGGUUCCGUUGAGGAGAAUCCCUCCAAAGUCGGACUCGGGAUUCAGUACAGCUACAGCUAA